UGUGUUGCUUGGCUUGCUGCCAGUGUGUGUGACUGAAGCUGUGCGUCACGAGAGGUGGAAAUGUUUGCGAAGCUGUUCGGCGGGAAAGCCGCUGAAGCUGCUAGCGAUGGCGCCAGUCCGAAAGAAAAGAAAGGUGACCAGAGCAAUGAUCCGGAGACAUCGCCGCAGAAGAAGGACGAGGCCGUCGCGAGCCAUAUUUCGAAGAUGGACUCUCUCAUCAGGCGCAAGCUGCACGGCACUGGCGCUCAGUACAACAUGAAGGUGGUGAUCAGGGGGGAGCGCGGGGUGGGAAAGUCCACGCUGUGGCGCCGGCUGCAAGGGCUUCCCUACGAGGAAAAGUACACCCCGACGCCGGAGAUUCAGACAACGACGAUCAACAAUUGGGUGUACCGAGGAAGCCGAGACGUGGUGAAAGUAGAGGUGUGGGACGUAGUAGACAAGGGACUAGCGCAAGCGGGGAAAGGCAGAGUUCCGGAAGGUGAAGAUCUUGAGGACGUCGUGGCAGGGUUACCUCCUGACCAUGGUUCAGGUGGAGGCGGGCGGUCCUUGGCGGUGCUGGAUGCGGGGGUGGUGAACGUCUACCAGGGGGCGAGCGCCAUUAUAUUCAUGGUCGACCCUUACCGACCCGAGACGCUGGACAAGGCGAAGAAAGGUCUGGCGGAAGCACCGGUGGACCUCCCGACCGUCGUCCUCCUUAACUUCCGCGACAAGCUGGAAGAAGACGCAGUGGCAAAGGCGUCUCAGCAAUCCGGCACUUCGACAACCCCUACACCUGUCGCUGCCGCCGCCGCCAUGGCAUCCACGCAAUCACCAACGGCAUCGGCCGCCGAGGCAGCGGCAGAUCCACCGCCCGGCGACGGCGACGCCUCCGCCGCCGUCGGCGCAUCUUCGGGGACGGAGUCGGCGGCAACGGCGGCGAUGGCGGGCGCGUCGGAAGGGGUUGCUAGUGCCAGUAGCGCUGUUGACGGGGGCGGGGGCAAAGGGGGAGCGUGGGACCACGUGGUGACGCUGGAGACCGCGCGGCUCAUGAUGGACCGCAUCAAGGUGGCCGACGAGGCGGCGGGGCGGGGGGCGGGGAGACGGGUCAGUCUGUUCGACUGCUCGAUGAAGAACUGCUUCGGGCUGAGGGUGCUUUACACGUACUUGAACGUGCCCUUCCUGGAGCUGAAGCGAAAGUCUCUGCUGCAGCAGGCGCAGAUGGCGUCAGAGCGACUGGAGAAGGAGUACAAAGAGCUCGCCGGGUUCAUUGGGGGGCACAGCUAUGGCAACUACAUGCAGCACCUGCGGGCAUCCGACGUCGACCCUACCGCAGGCCGAUCGGCACCCGCCGCUCCUCCGGGGCGACCUUCGAUUGCCUCCAUGCCGGCGGUGGGCGAAGCGGCGUCGCUUGAGCGGCGUGGGUCCAUCGACAGCCACGGCGGCGGCGGCGGCGGCGGCAGUCGCGACUCUGGCGGCGGUGUUGGCGGCGGCAGGAAAGAAAAGAAGUCGAAGCACCACAAAGACAAGGACAAGUCUAAGAAGAGGGACAAGCACCGCCACAAGAGCAGCAAGAGCAAGAAGGACGGCCGGGAGGAGGCGGCUCCGGAGUACGGGGGUAGGGUCACGGAUGCCAAGAACUUCGCGCCCGUUACGAAAAAGACUGCGACGGAUGAGCUUGCUGAUUUCUUAGGCGAGAGCAGCGAAGGAGACAGCGACGAGGGCUUGCGGGAGCGACGCAAGGUUGUCAAGGCCAUAAACCCUUCUGCGCUGGCCAACGCCGCCGCGGCAAGAGACGAUGCUACGGAUUCGGACGAGAUGCCUGCUCCGAGAACAUCGAGGCUGAAGCGAGUCACGGCGCCGACCAAGCCGAUCGCGAGGCCCCCUUCGACUGCCCAGCCUCAGCAAUCUUCGAUCGGCAUUGCCGCCUCCUCCAGACAUCAGCGGCCAUCUCCUGAUGACACCAAAGGGUCUAGCGUUGCCAAGGUGAUCGGUAACGUCAAGGGGAAGGAGGACGUAGAGGAGGAGCCGUCCGCCGUGAGGGACACGGAGAAUGACGCGGAAGAGGAGAUGGAGGAAAGCGAGGUGGCGCGAACUGCAAACGAGGAGGAAAAGGGGGAUGGGGCUGAGGGGGAAGAGAGCGCUGCGGCGCACGGCGGGGGCACGGAGCCCCUUGCAGCCGGAAACGAAGGUGGGGACGAGGCGGACGGUGUUAGUGAGGGCAAGGUUCCAUCUGAGGCAGACACAGCAGCAGCAGCAGCAGCGGUGGCGGCGGUGGCGGCAGAAACUUCGAUAACCCCCGAGUCCUCCUCAAAAGCAGGUGACGAAACGGCGGAAGGCGGAGGGGGCGAACAGGGAGGAAACCAGGCUGUGCCGGCGGAGGAGGAGCAUUCCCAAGCGGCGGGUGAAGGACAUGGUUCUGCGGACGGGCAAGCCCAUGACGAGGGGCGGGAGGAAAGUAGGGGGCGGGAGCAAGCAGCUGGGGCGGUGAGAAAGGAAGAAUGGGAGGCCGAAGCGGCGACAGCUGCAGAGCAGAAGGACGCUACACAAGCAAAGGUAUCCAGUUCUCCUGCGGCGAAGGCCUCAACGGUUGCGGGAAACGACCCACCGCCGGCACACCUUUCGAGAGAUACUUCGGAUAUAGAAGCGAAAGAAAAUCCCCAGGAAGCCGACGUAAACGGAACAGCUGGCGACGACACUGUUGUCAGGGUUGAUCAGGCGACCGACGCUGGCGACGACGGCGACAACUACACCGAUGGUCCUCCGCAGGCCGAUGCUGCGUCGGAGGAGGUCGGGCCUACUGCGGAGGUGGACGACGGCAUCGUGUCAAAGUCUGUUGAUGCCGCCGUCGAUCAAGAGGCUGUCACAGUUCAGCGGAAAGCGGGGGACGAGCACCUAGCUAACGGCGAUAGUGGACCAGAGCAGGAAGUGGCGGCCGUGCCUGGAAUCGAAAGGGCGGAGGCGGACGAUGCCGUGGUCGACGAGCACGACGAGACCGGAGCGCGAGGACAAGAGUUGAGUGGUGGCGAGAGCGGCGGGGAACUCGGCGCUGACGUGGGAAGGGAAUCAGCAGUGGUCAGGAUAAUAGAUUGCGGCGGUAUAGAUGACGAACCGGGUGCUGAAGCCCCCGAGCCCGGAGUGACGAUCAAUGACGACUAUGUCGGAGAGGGAAGCCUGGGCGGCCCGGUUGCGGAGGAUUUUUUCGCCGAAGACGUUAGCAGCGGGGAGGACGAGCUAUACCCGGGAACUGCGACGGCUGCUGGGGGCGAAGUCGUUUCUGCUGAAGGAGGUGUUGCGGACGAUGAUGGCGCUCCUGCCGGUGAUCACCCGCCUUCCCCGCGAAUAAUCGCGACAAGCCUUGAGGCUGCCCCCCGGGGGGGGAACGAGAAACGCCUCGGGUUUCCGCCGUCCCCCGUCGCGACACAGCGGAAGGAAGCUGCGGUAGGGGCAGCCGCGGCUGGCGGGGACGUUGGGCUUAGCAAAGCAGCGAAGGCGGCGGUUGAGGCGGCUUUGGCGAGCGCCCAGUCGUCAUCGGCAAGGCGUUCGAGCCGGUCUUCGCGGAAUGCGGACGAUAGCAGUUCGAAAUCGCGCAAGAAGAAAAAGAGCCACAAGGAGCGGCGACGAAAAGACGGCGGCAGCAAGAGCGGGGGCGAGGAUGGUCCUCGCGUUGUCAAUGGUAGACGUAGCGGCAGUAUCGGUCCCUCGGAUGUCGAUAGCGGAGAGAAGCUAUCAUCGUCCAAACGGCAUCAACGCAAAUCCGCUGUUUGACAGGUAAUCAAGUCAGACAUUUUCAUGAUGGUUUGCUAAUGUCUCUUGCGGCAGAUUGGCGUGGGCGCCAUGGGCCCUGUCUUUUGGCUGCGAUUGGUUGCGCCACCAGCGCAUAUUUUGACGCCGACUUGUGUCGGCAACUCGCGGAUGACAAACAACAAUUUUGCCCUGGAGAUUGAUUCAUCCCAGGAAGGACGGUGCGAUCAAUGGUGUGUGCGUGGGUAACGGGGGCGAGGA